AUGGCCAAACAUAAGGACAAGAAACUACGAGAGAAUUGGCCAGAUCCGUGGGUUUUGUCUUUGUGUGCCUUCUUAAACGAAUAUAUUACAAAGCAUGGUCGAAGUUCCACCUUUAAGUGGGUCGAACUUCAGCCAGAGUUUGAGAAAAUAAUUAACCACACAUUCCCUAGUAAAGGAGCAUUGAAGAACAAGUAUGAUAAUAUGAAAAAAGAUUACAAUCUUUGGAAAUCACUAAAGAACGGAGAAAUCGGACUUGGAUGGGAUGAGAGCACAAAGACGCUUAUUUGCUCAGACGAUUGGUGGAAAAAGAAAAUUAAGGAAAAUAGUAAAUAUAGAAAAUUACAAAGUAAGCAACCAUCUAUAGAACUACAAGAAGCAUGGGAUCAGCUAUUUGCGGAUGCGGUUGCCAGUGGCGUGAAUUGUGUUGCAUCUUCUAUGGAUCCGAGUGGUGUAAAUGAGGUGUUUAUUGAAAACCUUGAAGACGACGAUGUAGUGAGUGGUGAAGAGGUAGAUGCUUUUCAAGCCAACAAUGGAUACUCUUCCCGACUUGAGAACCUAGAAAGGCAAGAGGACGAAUUCUUUGAAGAAUUUUUAGAUGGUGUAAAUGGAGACAGAGCAUCAACCUCAAACAAAAGUGGGGUUUUAAAACAGGUUAAUAAGCAUACAAAAAAAAUGAGUACCAAACUUAAACCCGUUAAGAUGAAGCGUAAAGGUAGAGAGUCAUCAGGAACUACAAUGUUGAAGGAUCAUCAAAGUCAAAGUAAUGCUAAUCAACAAGAACUUAUACAAAUUUUAAAGUCAGAUGCUUCGGGUGACAAUAAAACUAGUAAGUUCAGUAUUGAAGCUGCCGUAAGUAUAAUUGGACGCAUGGUAGAGGAAGAAAAAAUGAUGGAAGGCGAUAAUGUUUGGAUGUUUGCUAUUGAUUUAUUUGAGGAUCCUAUUAAGAGAGAAAUAUUCAUAAGUCUGCUGAAUGAUAACCGUAGAUUGGAUUGGCUCCUCCAUAAGCAAAACUCCCUCGACUAA